CUCUUUUUCUUUUCAUUCACGCAUCCAUUUUUAUCACAAUACCAGCCCAUAUACCACCUUUGUUCCCCCUAGCUUGACCUUUUCAGUCGUAUUCACUCCACCACGUUGAUCAUGCUAUUCUGCUAUGUUCUUCUGAUAACUGUCAUUGUUUCGUUCCUGAGAUUCCUUUGGUAUAAAGCGGAACCUUUGAUUUUCCGUAUACAAUUCAGCCGUCGUUCUAUAUUUCACAUAUAUCUCCACCAUAAGCGACUGGGAUGGUCGUUCGAGUUAUCGAACCCCCACUUCCAAAAGUCUUCACGAACCGUCAGCCAAGCGUCGAGAGUCAUCGUUCACUUGCCGAAGCUUGUGGUUACCAUAUCGAACACUCACGAAACACCAUCGUCUCGAACAGCUACAAGCAGUGUUCAACCGAGCAUUUCUCUGUUUGAUCAUUAUGUUGAUACAGUUUAUUCUUUACCAUACGUAGAAAGGAUUGCAUCCACAGCCAUAGUGAUAAAACAUCUGCUGCACAACCUCGCGGCAUUCUGUAUUCGUGGGGCCAUUGUUUACAUUGCCCAGCAUGUUGAGGUGCUUGUCGUCUCAUUCACCCUACAGUUGCUCGAUGUCAAUCAAACCAUAUCGCUGCGAAAUAUCCAAUUUGAGUGCAAUCAUGCACAAUAUAACAAUGAUCAUGACGCCAUGGAGAACACUCACAAAUCGAGAGUGGCAAAACACGUUACUUUUAAUAUUGGCAUGGACUAUCUGCAUUGGGAGAUCCGUGAGCGGCUGUGCGCAAUUUUACCACAAGGGCUGCACGUAUCGAUGGUAAUGGCUAUUGGUUUUCCAGAAUGCACCCCUAAAAUCGUCGACUCGACCGCCGAGAUACAUGGAAUUCAGAUUGAUAAGGAUGUGUUAUCGCAGUAUGUCAGAAGUAUAAAAACCAGAUCCACCGCAGCAGCAGAAACAACUACCACCAAUUGCAAUUCAGAUAUUUUCAUUGUCUCCCCGCAGCAAUUUUGGUAUCUGUCCAACACGUGUGGACUACGGUUUUCUCUCGGCAAUAUCGAUAUUUUCGACACCGGCUCCAAAUGUCACAUCGACUCAUGCACGGUUGUAGUCCAUCCCCAGUUUACGGACCAAUUUGCGGAAUUUGAAGCAAAUAUUAUGAAUGCCCGAUGGCAAUUGACGGACGGAAAAGAUGAUUGGGAUUUCAUUGUAAUACGUCAUGUUCAAUGGCAGGGUAUAGUCGGGAGUAAGCUGUUGCUUGACGACACGGGUUUUUUGCCGACGCAGCGACAACAACGAGAAGCGUUGAUAAACCACAAAGAAUGGGGUACUUUAUGCCACCAAAAAGUCACCUUUUCAACGACGACCGCAAUUUUGACGGAUCCAACCGUCAACCUCCAUUUGGCACGAGCGGAUUUUAUUCAACGUCUUUUAAUGCAGCAAGUGACUUUAGCGGGGAACACAUCGUCAUCAGAGACACUGCCACACAGUUUUUCGAUUAUGAUUGCUCUGACGAAUACCACCAUCUCCUUCCACGAUGCUUCGGUAUCAUCAAUCUCCGACAAUAUGAAUUUACAAACGAUACAACUACAGGGCGCGGGACGGUAUGCUCUUCUCAAGCGACAUCCGAAUACAACGCAAGUAGAGUCCCAUCCUCGGGAAUGGUGGACCAAGCUGUUAAGACGCAAGAACAUGUCCCAAAUUAUGGAAAUUUGGACGAGUACGUUGGCAUCUACAGACUGGGCAUAUACUGUACGUCUCGCUUUGGAUAUCGACAAAUGUUGUGGCAAGAUAAAAAAGACGCCCAUUUUUCACGUAAAGCAUAUCCAUUUGGGCACACAAGCAAACUUACGCAUAGGAACCGCAGGCCUGCAUUCAAUACCCACGUCUAUCCUAGGGCAUACAAAGAACCCACCGCUGCACAUCCAGGCUACAAUCACAAAUCCAAGAAUGCAUUUGACAAACGACGUCAUUUUCCAUAUCGAAAUGUAUCAACAGUGGAUUAGCAAUGUUAUGAAAGGACUGACCUCUGGCGUCAGUCUAAAUGAAUCAAGUGCACCAUCAUCUCAAACGCCAUCGGUUUGGGUUUUGCUAUCCACAAACAAUGUGUUGAGCUUGACGAUUGUGGAUGCCUCAUUUAGUCUCUCUGACGUCGACAAGCGGUGUCGCCAAGCAAAAGAAAUACCACACCUUUAUGUAAACAACGCGCCUCAACAAGAUCUGGCAUAUAUGGCCCUACUUUCUGUGGAACAGUUAUACAUUCAUAUCGAUGGAACAUCUGCAAAAAUAGAUGAACGGAAUUCGAUACCCGUGAUGCAAUGUUGCAUGCAAGAAUUUGCUGUCACGCACAGAAUGGCUAAAUGGGAGGACCAGGCCCAGUUGGAGAAGAGUGAGAAAGACCAGUUACUGUUAUGGAUAUCAGACAUCACUGUCAACCUUGCGACCCAGAAAUCAGAAGCUGACCAAGGAAUUACGAUCGAAGUUGCCAUGCCCCGUUUAGGAUGUUCUAUCUCCAUUGCCAAUAUUUAUGGUUGCUUUUUGAUAUUUCAUUUUACCGAAAAGCUUUUCUCACAACUUACAAAGUUGCGUUCCCCGUCGAAAUCUACCGAGAUCCCAACCUCAAAUGGAAUGAUACUACGACGCUUGAGCUUUUACGGUCAGUACAUCGAUGUCCGCAUUUUGCUCCCUUUCAACAAGCAUCUCCAUGUGCAAACCUAUGACUUGAGAAUUCGCCACCGUCGCAGUCUCGAAAAUAAUGUCACUGUCAACACCACUGUGAACAAUUUUGCGUUGCUGGGCACGGCACCUGGUAACUCCAAAUUAUGGGAACAGCUAAUCGGUAUGCAAGAAAUCGCCAUAGCCAAUGCGGAUGCCCAGUUUCCAUCUACCGUAUACAGCUGUUCACUGGAAAGCUUGCAGUUGAGAUUACCUUAUGGAUAUGUCGUGGCCGAUGUGAUUGACAGCACAAUCACCAUGAUAAAAUCCUGCAAAGUAUUUUGGCAACGAUUUAUGGAUCGGAAUGAAUUGACGUUUAUGGGCCCGGUACCACGAAAUGACCCUCUUCUAUUGCCUCGUAUAUCCGUUCAUUGCAAGAAUUUUACAGCUCAAUUAGACGACAGCCCAUUUGAAUCAAGACUUCGACGCAUUUUGCGCCUGGGGCUGCAAGAACAGAUAAAGCGACUGGAAAGCGAGCAACUGUUCGAUAAGAAAGCCCGGUCCAUGACGGAACUGAACUCACUAUACAACGAGCAAUACCAAAGCACUGAGCCAGACGAUCUGACUCCAUCUUCCGAUUCGUAUUUGUCUUCAUCUUCAUGGGGUAGGGAGAAAAGAAGCAGUCAUUCAUCCAGCCACUCCAAGCGAUUAUCUUUUACCACGUCUACUCAAGAUAUCUGGAAUCGGCUACAGGAACAUCAUGCUCAGUCCUGGGUACUACAGAUCAAGGAAGCGAUACAAGCAGAAGCCAAAGCGUACAUCAUACCGAUGCAGCAAGCUCAAAAUUUCAUUCACCAGACCAGAAAUAAAAGCAAAACAGCAAGUGAUUGGAGCUUGUGGUUCCGCAUACGCAUAACACGAUCCAACGCAUGUCCACCCCUGGUUCGGCUACAAGUAUCUCGGUUACAAGUGGAUGUCGCUGCCUUUGAUGACGCAACACAGGAUAUUCGCCAGUUUAUGCACGAUAUUGGCAACGGUGUACCACCUCACAUCGAUGUUGCGCUGCUGCUUCCAUUUUUCGUCAACGCGUCAGCCGGAGAAACAUGGGUGCGAGUCCGAGACUAUCCGCUGCCGCUCGUAUACAUACCUACCAGCAGUGCACCUUGCGACAGAAGUGAUGAGUUUGUUCAGGACAAUGCAUGGAGCCUGUCAGCCAGUUGUGUUGUAGCAGAUGACCUGGGUACGUCUGACGGCGUUCGAUGCGUUCCUCUGGUGCUUGUACCAGAAUGCUACACGCUUCAAGCCAUUCGUGUAGCUUCGCCUUUAAAGUUCUAUUCCAAGAUCGAAUGUAACGUUUAUACGGACGGCUUAUCAACUAUCUGCUGGUCUGUAUCCUACCAUCCUGCGAUUCAGGACAUGGUUGCCAUUUUGGAUACAAUGCUUCCCGCUUCUGUAGACCCGUCGCCAAGCAUUGGAAUCUGGGAUAAAUUAAGACUUAUUCUUCAUACGCAAACAACGAUUCAAUUCCCCGGCAAUGGCGAUCUAGCCAUUGUAAUGAAAGGCACUUACGAUCCAUACUCGUUGGACCUCUGUGCAGCAGGAAUGACCAAACUUUGGAGAGAGCACAUUGUGGUUUACAUAGGAAGCAACAUGCGGGCCUGGGUAAACCAUCCUAUACCGACCAUCCCGGCUGAUAUGAUGAGAGAAGGUGAUAUAUUGCAAAUCAGUAGCCGGGAAUAUUAUUUCGGAAUCCCAGACAUAGCAAGAGGUGGAUAUGCCUAUUUUACGGAGCAUAGUGUCAUAUCUGUGCAAGGAAAGUAUCAAGAAUCACAGAAAUACCGCUUUGCAAAGAUGGUUGUGAAGCUAAGUGGACCGCUGUGUAUGAGCAUUGGCUGCGAAUUAGAGCGCACCAAAUGUACUGUCAAUGGUUCGCAAGAUUCUGAAAGGGAGAUCCGUACCAAGGAAUUUCGUAAGCAUUUUGAAAUCACCUAUAAAACGGUUGACAACGUCAAGAAGCUCACAACUGACGGUCAGGUUUAUGAUGCGUUUGCUGGAUUUCGAUCGCAAUAUAUCCACCUGACUAUUCGUAUUAUGACACUCUACGAUCGACGCGGACGGGGCAUAUCGCCCAACAUCAUGUACCUAAAUCCUUAUUGCGUGGACCACUUUGGUGUCUGGUUUGGUCUCUUUCGUAGUCCAAUCCGGCUUCCCAUUCGGCAUGGCGCCCUAUUUUCCAAAGCAGCCAAAGAUGACAAGAAUUCGGCAGGAUACCUCGACUCGAUCAAUUACUGUGUACAAUUGCAGCCUUUUCUGAUCAGUUACUUUUACCGUGAUGAAUCGCUUUCACUGGUCGAAGGAACGAAUUUGGUCGGUUUAAAGGCUCUGAUGGAAAGAUUUGAUUUGCGUGUGCGGCAACAGAGGUCACAGCAUGUAGAGAAUGAGCAGCAAAAAUUGGGCCUUUCGGUUCACCAGGUGUAUUUAGAAAUGAAGACUGUCGACCUACGCGCUAUCGAUGUUUGGCGGCGUAUGGCAGGCGAGAAAAGACGGCGGAAUGGGCAGGAAGGUGAACAUUCAUUCAUAAUGAAUCCGACAAUGAAUGACUGGAUUGACGAUCAUGAUUCGGUUGGCUUCCAUGAUUUUAACGAAGAUCCCAGCCAUUGGUGUGCGACAGCAGCUCAAGUCCACCGAUUUGUUUUUUCACCCUAUAUUUUUUACCAAAAAAUGAUGGAAGAUUCGACAUCAACCUGCACAGCAUCUCCGGGUCAACCCCCGAGUUAUACAGCAGACGCAAGUGCUGACACCUAUCUCAUCCAAGUCGAAUUGCUGAAUGCUCGCCAGCGAAGAAAUCAACAGCAAUGGCAGGCAUUGGAAAAAUCCCUGGCACAUAUCGAGAGUCAAUUAGCAAGCCAUAAAGACAACGAGAUGUUACUGGAGCAGCGGGCGAGCAUUCUUGAAAAAAUGACAAUCGUCAAAGGGAAAAGUACCCUUUUCGAAAAGUAUCGUGAGACAUUAUCCACACACUCGGCCUGCCCUGUCAAAGAUUCGACCAACAUGUUUCAACCUACUGAUCACAAACGUGAACCGCAUGAAAAGUUUGUCGGAAGCUUUUUGCGACGAUUCAUCGUUCAUGAUUCGCAAAUUAUAUGGACGAAUGCAAUUCGCAACAUUAUUUACCGUUAUCUCGAUCUGAGAACACAUUGCCGGUUUGGAUCUUAUAUCGCCACCACAACAGCGUUGCGAGCCAUGGAGAAUCUUUUAGAUCAAUCAUUAAACGAUACACCGUGGAAGCCACAAAGUCCAUCGACAGGUCAUCGACUCGACAAAGAGACAGUAAACCAAUUAAUUGAAUCGCUGCUGGAAACCCAACAUAACGCGGCAUCGAUCGCUGACAAUGAAAAUGGAAACGAGCCCGCAAAUGAAGCGAGAGGGAUGGAAUUUGUUGCUGGUGGUAAAACGAGCAAUGAAAAGCGCUCAGAAGAACAGUUACCUGACGGAUAUUACAUGAAACAACGCUAUCUGGUCGAGUUGCUUAACCCACAAAUUCAUCUAGACAAUGGCACAGACUCUGAUUAUAUUUUAUUGUUGAGCAGCCAAAGGAUGCAGAUCGAAGGGCUGGAUAUCCUGGACGACAUGUCAAGAGCCGAUGUGGAGCCUGUCAAGAAACGUAUGGUCGUCGACAGCGGCGAUUUGCAACUUUACCUUGCAAAGAAACAAUAUUUAUGUGGAUCGGAUCUAUUCUUGGGUGAUACCUAUCUGGAUAAAGUACCAGAGGGACAAACAUCGACGUGGUACACUUGGAUUUCUCCCGAAAUUCUCCGUUUCAGCUCGACUGCGAUGCUGGAUGAUCGAUUAACUUGCAUUACCCGUCAUUUGACCGGCUCGUUAACAUACGAUAAGCACAACUACCUCCACAUUAGCAAGAGUAACAGCAUACCGCGUCAUACUGCCAUCGAGGAAACAAGCGAUACUGUCGAUAUGCAAUUUCCAAGCGUAUCGCUCGUCGCCGAUGCCCUGUGUUUUAGAGAGGCACGCCGUAUCUUGCUGGAUCUUGUACCUUACAGUGAUCCCAGACGAAAAGGUCGGCUAGAAAGAAUUCAAGACAUGAUUCUAUCCAAUGAUCAAGCCUGUCACGGUGAAAUGGUAUUGCGAAUGACUCAGCUCCAUUCAAGGAUACGACAUUUGCUACUACACCAACAGCAGCUCCAAUCAAUUCCUGUACCAAUGCUGGAUUGGAGGCGCUAUCGACGGAACAGUCGAAUGAUUGAGCAAUGUAAAGACGAUCUUUAUGUGAUGAUGGAAGCUGUCAAAUCUAUGCAAAGUCAGAUUCAUCAGCAAAGACGUAAAAAUGUGGGAACACGUCUACGGGUAAUCUUCAAUGCUAAUCACUUCCUGUGGCAAAUGAAUACCAAAGACGAUCAACCACUGUGCCAUGCAGCUUUAAGUUUUGCCCGAUACACUUUUGCCGCGAACAAUAACGGAACCAAAAGCCACGUAUUUGAAAUUAACGAUUUGGAAAUCCAAAACCUAACACCCCAACCCACCUUUAUCACUGUCCUCGAGCGCAACAAGGUUUGCGAUCAACCCUCUGCCUAUUCGUUGAUAAGACUGCAUUGUACCCUGCUUCCUCCGGUGGGCGGUAUUGCUAUUGUCCAGCAUCUCGAACUCAAUCUUCCUUCCUUGAAGCUCCAGUUCACUCACUCCUUUAUAUCUGCUCUCGUUGCCUAUUUUGCUAAUUCAGGCACCAGCACCAUACCACAAGCAAGCGAGCAGCGCAAAUCCUCAUUGGAUAGAUCCAUCACGCACGGGAUGGUGGUGAGCCACAGUGAGGAGGCAUUUUCGGAACGAGACACUGAAACCUGUUCCGAUUCCGACGAAGGAAUUUGGUUCGGGGCCUCCAGAAAGCGUCCACCAUUUUCAACGUUGCCAGGGACAACAAACCGCUCACAAGAGCUGCAAGAUGAUCAACUUUCCAUCAUGAAAAGUCGUGCUAGCGCGAAUUGGACGUUUCUCCUCGUAAAAAUUCCCGGCAAUAAGCAUUGCCUCAGUUUUCAGGGUCCUAAAAAGCGAAAUUUAUAUGAUUUACGUGAAUUUCGGUUUUUCCAACCGUCGAUCGAGUAUCGCAAUAAGGCAGGUACCUGGACGGAAUUGUUAUUGUCCAUCAAAAAAGAUUUCAUACGAGCGGCUAUUAGAGCCAAUGGAUCGGCAAUUCUCAAAGAAGCUGUACGCCAGGUAGCUAGACGAGCCUCUAGCGAGAGUUUUAUAGAAAAGAAAACGACCGACUCCGGUAGUCAAGAAGUCGAUGUAGAUUCAGCUUCCCAGCUGACAUUAACAGCCACCACCACAGCAGAAGAGCUGAUCACGUAUCUGGAAAAUCUGGCGGACAGCUCGGAUGAAGAAAUGGAAUCCCAUAGCGUCCAAGGAGACAACUACGAAGAUUACGAUGACGAAGAAGCUCUGCAAGACGAUGCAGUAUCACUUCACUCUGUUGAUAUAUUAUUGCGUGAGACCGAAAAUGAAAUAUCCGACGAAAAUACUGAUAUCAACUCACACCCCGGCUUGAUACGCAGGUUCUGGACACGGUUACGCAAAAGACCACAUAUUGUCAAGAAUUCAAGUUGUGAGCCGCCAAGGACGUCAUCCGAUGAAACUCCUAAUACAGCGAGUGAUGAAGAAAUUAACUCACUGCGACGCACCAAUAGAAAAAGGAGUUCCUCCAGUGUAAAAAGCCUGGUGGUUCAGAAAACCGAUAUGACAUAUUUGGAAAAAGUAGCUAAAGAAGAGUAUGAUAUGAAAGCUCGGAUGCUCUUGGGAAGAGGCUACAGCGGAUCAAGAGCGGGGAUACAGACGCAAACGGACUUGGAAAAAUGAGACGCGCCGAAGCCAGGCAAUAAAAUAAAUGAAAUUUUUCGCGAUGCCAG